AUGUCGAACAAUGGCCCCUCGGCCACCGACAUCAUCACUUACAUUGGCGUGCCGCUCGCCGUGCUGGGCGUGCUGCCCAUCAUGUACAACACGUUUAUCACGCUCGUCAACGCGUCCAAGAUCAAGCGCAUGCUCCGCCACAGCCGCCUGACGGCGCUCACCCGCAGCGACGUCGUGAACCGCGUUAUUGAGAUUGAACUGCCACGCUACGCCGUCACGCCGUGGGACCGGUUCCAGCACCGCCAAGAGUACUGGACGCUGUCGCGCAACCCCAGCUCGAUCCCUGGUGGCUCUUGGACGACGUUCAACUGGAAGACGAAUGCCAUCGGCUUCAAAACCCAGCGCGUCGAGUACGCCGACCAGCUCCGCCAGCCGCAGGUCGACAUCGCCUUUGACGAGCUCAUCUCGUACCUGCUGGACCUGGGCGCCGUGCCUGACCCGCACGGCUGGCGCCUGCUGCGGUCGACGGGUCUGUGGACGCCUGUGGGCUGUGCGCUCAUGAAGUCGCCCGACGGCCACCACAACGCGCUGGCUGUUGCGACGCUCGACGACUCCGACGGCAACUUGUCACUGAGUGUCUCUUGGGAGCCCACAUGGACCUGCCGCAGCUUUUCAGACCUGCCACCAUACUGGGUCAGCCUGCCGGCGCCGCCACCCGAGUACAAGGAAGAGGAGAAGCCUGCGGAAGACAACAAGGAGACAGUACCGGCCGAUGAUGCGGCAGGUGCCGGCGGCGCUGCGUCGUCGGCCGCGUCCUCGCGCCCUACCACGGCCAACAACGCCAAGGAUACAAAGGCAAGCCAACGCAACUCGGUCGACUCGGCAACGCGCGAGGGGUAUGCCGCGGCAACAACGCCCAUCACCUGCCAAGUCUCUGUGGACGGCAUCAUUACGGCGCUGACGGAGGAGAAGCGGCGUGCCGGCGGCGUUGCCAGGAACAACACGAUGGGCGGCAGCACCAGCUUCCCUCUGACAAGCACAGUCAACCUCGACAGCCUGUACAUUGAGCAUAUCCGUGUGCGUCCCGGCGUGAGCGACGGCGUGUGGUUUGCGAGCGCGGCGACCGCGUACGGCACCAGCAGCCAGACGAUUCUGUGGAACUACCGCAUCCCCGACGACAUCUUGGCGUUUGCGCGCCGCGAGACGGUGCCCUGUGGCGUGCUCGUGCUGCUCGGCGCGGCCAACGAGAGCGAGACGCCCGAGUGGGCCACCCAGCACAGCUCGGACCACAUGCACAGACACAACCGGUUUGUGCAGCGGAUGAACGAGGCGCGCUUUGCCGAGCAGGCCGAGCAGCGUCUGCCGCCGCACCAGCGCGAGGCAGCGGCGCGCGACCGCCGGGCGCGCGAGAACAUGCAGCGCAUCGACGACAUGCGGGCGGACAUGGAGCGGAAUCGGGAGCGGCGCGAGCAGCUGGAGAUGGAGGCCCUGCACAGCGCCAAGUGGGACACGCGGUUGGUCGCAGAGCAUGCGCUGCGUUGGCUGCUGCGGGAGAAGAAGCAGCGCGCCGGCGAGACCGCCGAUCCGCAGCAGCCGGCACACGCGGACAUGAAGGAAAUGGCCGGCCACGUCCUGCAUCGCAUGGUGCGCGACGGCGAGUUUGCGGGUAAGUUGUGCCGCAUGCUGGACCAGUGGAAGUCGUGGGCCGAUCUGGGGGGCAUGAAGAAGGCGGAUCUGCAGGCGCUGCGCGCGGACAUGGAGACGUUUGUGUAUGCGGCGCUGCUCGUCUCCCUGAUCAAGGACUCGACGAGCGCCCUCGACGGCACGCUGUCUGUCGACCUCCAAGAGUGCAUGCGCAUGUGGCGCAAGGUGCGGUCUCUUGUCAAACGCCCUGAACACCCAAACGAACGCUUUUUAACGCUGUCGCAACCCACAGAUACCAGUCGCCGUGUCAUAACAACCGGUCCUACGCCCCAGCUCGCCCGUGUUCCGGUCGCGCACACCCAUUCGCUCGCUCAGCGGGCCCAGUGUGCGGUCGUCCUUCUCGGCCUCCCAGACUUCGGGGAACGUCUUGUGGUACUGCAGCUCGAGGUUGUAGUCCUCGGCCAGCGCGCGGAACGCGUGCCACGGCACGACGUACUCGGGCACCUCUUCGACGGCCUCGUUGAGGAAGAAGUUGUACUUCCAGCCAAACGGCGGCCGGAAUACGCCGUCGGCGGGUGUGUCGCCGGGGAAGCGAACGCGGUAGAUGCUGUUGCCCCACUCGGCCGUCUGCUCGGACGCCGCGGGCGCCUCGGGCUUGAUCUCGCCGUCCUCGCCCGGUUCGCCGCUCUGGCCUUCCUUGGCCGCCGCCGGCGGUGCCGCGGCGGCGGCUGCAGCGGCUGCCUCGUCGGCCUUCUUCUUCUCGGCCUGCUUGAUGUGGAAACGCUCGACCUGGUCGCCCAGCACAUCCGAGUUGGGGAUGCAGCCAAGGAAGCGGCCGCCCUUCUUCAGGGCCGACGCCACGUUCUUGAGCAUGGUGCGUGCCUUCUGCUCCGUCUCGAACGCGUAGUGCAUGCAGAACAUCAUGCUGACAACGUCAAAGCCGCGCCGCGACAGCGGGUUCUGGUCGAAGCCCACGUCCUGAAUAAUGUUGAUGUCGCCAAUGCUCUCGCCGAAGCAGUCCUUAACCACGAACCGCGCAUCGAACACGCGCGCCGGACCGCGGUGAUGGUACCCGCCGCGUCCACCGCGCCCGCCACCGCCGCCGCCCCGUGUCGUCAUCUCGCGGUACCGGUCACGCGCCUGGUCGAUGCUGACGUUGGCCGGGUCCAGCCCCACGUACAGCUGCACCUUUUGCGGCGCCUGGUGCCACUUGCCGAGAUCGCCGCCUUUGCCGCAGCCAAUGUCGAGCACCAGCAGCUCGUGCUGGCCGGCGCCGCCGAUGCCGUGGAGCGUGCGCUCCUCAAAGUCCUCGUCGGGCGCAAACUUUUGAAUGAUGCAGCUCUUGACCCAGUUGUUCAUGGACCGCAGGCCCCGAAUUGUGCUGGCCGUCUUGCGCCACUCGCGCCCGCGUUCGGGGACGGCGUUGUAAUGCGACCGCACAACGUCGUCAAUCACGGCACGCUGCUGCCGCCGCUCCAGCUCUUCCUUGUUGUGGCGUUCGCGCUCGAGGGCGCGUUGGCGGAUGGCUUCGCGCUCGGCAUCGGUGAUGCGAGCCCGCUGGCCCGGCCGUUUGGGCUUGCGCGGCAGGUCGGCGCCGCCACCACCACUACCAGCGCCAGCGCCAGCGCCAGCGCCUGCGCCCGCGCCACCGCCAGCACCCAAUCCUGA